AUGAAUCAAACCUGGUUAUCGGAUAAGAGAAACACGACAGAUGGUCCAUUCCAAGAGGACUGCGGCCGACCCACAAACGGGAACAUUCUUACAAAUAUGUCGACAAGUGUAAAGGCACUAGCGUUGGCGAUAUUGCUGCUGUCAUUGCUAUUCACGGCAGUCGGCAAUGGUCUCGUGCUCGUCAUCAUAGCAAAGAUUCGUCGACUGCGAACAGCAGCGAACCUGACGAUCGUCAACCUGGCGUCUUACGACUUUGUCGUUGGCACGACGUUCGGGUUUGUCAUCAUUCCGCGUUGCACGAUGCUACAGUGCGCUUUCUUCAUGGGCUUUGUAUACACGAUUCUCCAGGGUUCGAUGUUAGGAAUCGGACUGUGCACGCUGAACAGGUACGUAGCGAUUGCUCAUCCGUUACGCUACAAGGUGUUGAUGUCUCCCGAGCGCACCUGUUGGCUCAUCACCUCCUGCUUGCUGUACUCGGUAGCGGUCGGUUCUGCGGCAGCGAUCCAGAUAUCGCAUUACUGGCAACCGUCGCUGGGUUGCCUCGCCGAUUUCAUCCUACCGUUUCAUUUCAUGGCCUUCAUUAUUGGCCACUACGUCGCCUUGUUCAUCUUCAUGAUCUACUGCUACGUCGCCAUCGCUCGGAUCGCCUCCGACCAUGCGCGAAGGAUUGGCGGUGAAUCUGACGAAGAGAGACGGGAGAUGUCGGCCUUCCGCGAGACGAUGACGAUGACAAAGAUCAUACUCACUGUUGUCGGAACUUCGUGGGUGCUUCUUGGACCACACGUGCUCUCCUUGUUGCUAAUGCACAUACUCCCGUGGUGGCAGCUUCGCGUGCUCCGGGCUAUUCGGUCAAAUACGCUGAUAUUGAAUUCACUAUUGAAUCCAAUCAUUUAUUUCUACAAGUACAAAGACUAUCGUUUAGGUGUGAGAGAACUGUUUGGUUGCCCGAUGCCUGAUAUUCAGCAACAUUAG